GCGCCCCUUUUUUUUACAAAAUCCAACCAAUAAGAAUGUCGGCUGCCGUCGCCCUUUCCGUCCAUUCCAACGAAGCUGAGCAUGCUGAUGCGGCCAUCAAGCUGCAAAACCGCCUGUCGCAGCGCAUGGAACCGAGCGAGCUGCUCGAUCGCAACAUUCUGAAAAGCCUCGAAACGGCGCCUGCCAUUCAGGCUGCGCAGACAGAGCUGGAGCGCGAACGACUCCGACAGACGCUCGAUUCCAAGCUGGCCGCGCGUCCCGAACCGCUGGAAGCCGCCUCCCUCAUCAACUCGACCGAGGAUGCCGCCGAUUUGCACUCUCGCGACGCCACCAUGGCCUCUACUGGCAUCACCCUCGACCAGAAGCUGGCCAGCAGGCCCGACAAGGAGACCCUGGUCGAGCGCAACAUUCUCAAGGACUCGCACUUGGCUCCUGCCCUCCAAGCCGCCGAGGAGGAACUCAAGAAGCAGCGCAUGGAAGACAAGCUCAACCACAUGAUUGAGCACCGUCCUCCCGUCCACGACCUGGUCGAGCACAACAUCAUCAAGGAUGGAGGACUCGCCCCAGCUCUUCAGCAUGCCCAUGACGACCUGAAGAAGCACAUGCUCGAGGACAAGCUCAACCACAAGCUUGAAAAUCGCCCCGAAGUCAGCGAUCUUGUUCAGCAGCACAUCAUGCACGACCGCAGCGUUGCGCCAUCACUCCAGUCGACUCAAGACUCGCUGAAGAAGGCCAUCAUUGAAGACAAGCUCACCGAAAAGCUGGAGCACCGCCCGACUCAGGCAGAGCUCAAGAAGAAGCACGUCCUCUGAAGUCGCUUUCAGGUGGCAUGUGAUGUUAGUUGUCAAUAUGAACGGAGACAAUGCAAGAUGUUAGUGUCAAUAUGAACGAAGCAAAUGUAUGCUCGAUUGUUCUUGUCUUCAAUUUAACUUGCCGAUUUCGGUGC